GUAAUGAGUACUCCUAUUUCGGACCGUAUCUUGCACCCCAUACGGGCAUACAUACCCAGAUAGUCGGAUACAUGGUAUUGCCUCCCUAUCUCCAAACUGAAAUUUCCAUCUUUUCUCUCACUCACACACUUUCUCAGUCCUCCAAAGAUGUUGGCAACUCCAAAUAUCCAAACAUGGUCUUGCCGGAACGACCCUUUCAAAUACCCUUCACCCCCUUUUCUUACCGUCUCCUUUAAGUCAAGCCUUCAUGAUAAUUGUAUUGGACGUCUACCUUUUCUAUGGAUGGCGGAUAGAUCAGAGAAGAGCUUGAGAUCAGCUGAAGAACCAGGUAAUGUGCUUUAUCUCAUGGAGGCUAUCGGACAAGAUCGAAUACUGCAAACAAGAGCUGUAAAAUUGCAUAAACGGCUUACUGUAGUAAAAGUUGGUAAUUAUGCAGAAGUUACAUCCAUGAAUGUACGCAGUCCUUUAAAUCAUGGCGGGUUGCUUGGAAAAAGUACUCAAAAUUGCAGGAUUUCAACUAGUGGACCUGUUGUAAAUUGGAGAAAACACAGAAUGAAACAAGUGUCUUUCUGUGGGACUCUGGUAGAGAAUUCAGAUAGCAUGUUAAUUGCUGAUGCGGAGAGGAAGAAAGGCAAGCCUACUGAAGGGGUUAUGGAGGCGUUGCAGUCAAUUACAGACCCAAACGUUGCUUUUGAAUACUUUAAGUCUGUAGCAGGGAUGCCUUAUGUUGUUCAUACCACUGAAACUUGUAAUCACAUGCUUGAAAUGUUGAUGGUUCACAGGAGAGUAGGGGAUAUGGUUUUUGUUUUUGACUUGAUGCAGAAGCAAAUAAUUAACAGGAACUCAACCACUUACUUGACCAUUUUUAAGGUGCUCAAUGUAAGGGGCGGAAUGAGGCAAGCUUCCUUUGCGCUUGAUAGGAUGAAACCUGCUGGUUUUAUUUUGAAUGCUUAUUCCUACAAUGGAUUCAUUCAUUUGCUUCUUAAGUCGGGGUAUUGUAGGGAGGCUUUGGAGGUGUAUAGAAGAAUGAUUAAAGAAGGAAAUAAGCCUAGUUUAAAGGCAUAUUCUGCACUUAUGGUUGCAGUGGGUAAACGGAGGGAUACUGAAACUGUUAUGGAACUGUUGAAAGAGAUGGAGAGUUUGGGAUUGAGGCCUAAUGUUUACACAUUCACUAUAUGCAUUAGAGUUCUUGGGAGAGCGGGAAAAAUCGAUGAAGCGUAUAGAAUCUUGAAAAGAAUGGAUGACGAAGGGUGUGGGGCUGACGUUGUUACUUAUACGGUUCUGAUUGAUUCACUUUGUGUUGCUGGUAAACUAGACGAGGCGAAGAAUUUGUUUCUAAAGAUGAAAGACAGUUCUCAUAAACCUGAUCGAGUAACUUACAUCACACUUAUGGACAAAUUCAGUGAUUGUGGAGACUUGGAAAGUGUGCAUGAACUUUGGAGUCAAAUGGAAACUGAUGGCUUUCGAUCUGAUGUUGUUACCUUUACUAUCCUCUUAAAUACUUUAUCCAAAGCCGGAAAAAUUGAUGAGGCGUUCUCUCAAUUAAACACCAUGAGCGAACAAGGUAUUGCACCAAACCUUCAUACCUACAACACUUUAAUUGGCGGCCUUUUGAGAGCAAAUAGGCUGGAGGAAGCAGUAAGUCUUUUUGAGAGGUUGGACUCUCUUGGUGUUGAAGCAACUGCCUAUACUUACAUUCUGUUUAUAGAUUACUAUGGGAAAUCAGGAGCGUCAAACAGAGCUCUGGAGACAUUUGAGAGUAUGAAAAGCAGGGGAAUUGUCCCGAAUGUUGUUGCUUGUAAUGCUUCCUUGUAUAGUCUUGCUGAGGCUGGGAUGCUGAAGGAGGCAAAUGAUGUUUUCAGUGAACUUAAAAAAAGUGGAAUUGCUCCAGAUUCUAUAACAUACAACAUGAUGAUGAAGUGCUACAGUAAGGCAGGGAGAGUGGACGAUGCAGUCAAGUUGCUUACAGAGAUGACAGAAAAUGGAUGUCAUCUGGAUGUGGCUGUCAUCAACUCAUUGAUCGACAUGCUUUACAAGGUUGAUCGAGUGGAUGAGGCGUGGGAAAUGUAUCAAAAAUUGAAGCAUAUGAAUCUUACUCCAACAGUAGUGACCUACAACACACUACUAUCUGGAUUGAGGAAAGAAGGUAGAGUCCAAGAGGCUAUUAUUUUGUUCACAACCAUGAUAAAAAAUGGUUGCCAUCCAAACACAGUUACUUUCAACACGCUCCUAGACUGCCUCUGCAAAAACGACGAGGUUGAUAUGGCUGUGAAGAUAUUUUUUGACAUGAGACAAAUGAAUUGCUUUCCAGAUGUGGUUACUUACAAUACUCUCAUAUAUGGUUUAACUACAGAAAACCGAGUAUAUGAUGCGUUUUUGUUGUUUCACCAUAUGAGGAAAUCAUUGUACGCUGAUUGUGUAACAUUGUGCACUCUUGUUCCUAGUUUAGUGAAGAACUCAAAGACAGAAGAUGCUUUAAAUAUUAUCAGGUUCUUUUUGUGUCAUGCUCAACAUCGUGCAGAACGGUCAUUUUGGGAAGAUCUGACUAGUGGGGUUAUUGUUCAAACAAGCGUUGACAAAGCUAUGGUAUUUGCUGAAAGCUUGAUAUCUUCUGAGCUUUGCCAAGAUGACUCAGUUUUAGUGCCUCUCUUCAAGGUGUUGUCCAAACAUAAAAGGGGACUUGAAGCACAUGAUCUUUUUGUAAGAGCUAGAAGCUGUGGAAUUGAGGCUACUUUGGAAGUGUAUUAUAUAUUGAUUGGAGGGCUUCUGGAUAUCAGGCUUGUUGAUUUGGCUUGGAAUCUCUUUGAAGAAAUGAAAAAAUCAGGUUGUGUCCCAGAUGUGUCCAUAUACAAUUUGUUGCUUGAUGCUCUUGGAAAAUCUGGGGAAGUUGAUAGGCUUCUAAAUUUUUUUGAAGAAAUGCAGCAUUAUGGUUGUAUUCCCGACACAGUAACUCACAAUAUCAUCAUCUCCGGCCUAGUGACAUCUAACAACAUAGACAAGGCUGUUGAUAUGUUUUAUAAUCUUGUUAGUCGAGAUUUUUCACCAACUCCUUGUACUUAUGGUCCUUUGAUAGAUGGACUGGCAAAGUCAGGAAGACUGGAGGAAGCAAAAAGAUUAUUUGAGGAGAUGAUCGAUUAUGGAUGUAAACCUAACUGUGCUAUUUAUAAUAUCUUGAUAAAUGGGUUCGGCAAAUGUGGUGAUAUGGAAUCUGCUUGCACUUUGUUUAGAAGGAUGGUUAAAGAAGGAAUACGACCAGACGUGAAAUCUUACUCAAUUCUUAUUGACUGCCUAUUGAUGUUAGGGCAAGUGGAUGAUGCUUGGGAUUAUUUUGAGGAAUUGAAAUUGCAGGGACUUGAUCCUGAUUUAAUAUGUUACAACUUUAUGAUCAAUGGUCUUGGGAGAUAUGGUAGAAUUAAUGAAGCUCUAUCUCUUUUUGGUGAGUUGCAGACAAGGAGGAUUUCUCCAGACUUGUACACGUACAAUUCGUUGAUAUUACAUCUGGGAAUUGCAGGAAUGAUAGAGGAAGCAGGAAAGCUUUAUGAAGAGCUCUUGUUUAAAGGCUUAAAGCCUAAUGUGUUCACAUAUAAUGCUCUUAUUCGAGGGUACGGCAUAUCUGGAGAUCAUGACCGUGCAUAUGCUGUCUAUCAAACGAUGAUGACUGGUGGCUGUAGCCCCAACUUGGGAACCUUUGCACAGCUUCCUAAUCAGUCUUGACUCUUGACUCUCCACAUGAAAAAUUAACAGGUACAUUUAGAUCUUUUGUAAGGGACACUUACAUUAAAUCUUGUUUAGAGGUUACUGUAUUCUCAGUUUUUGCAGAUCCUUGUAUCAAUGUAUAUUCCCCUCACUGUUUAUAAAAAGUAGGACUUGUUUUUAUCAGGAUAGCGCCUGUUAUAGUUAUAGUGGUUGUGGUUGUAGAGCUAGACAAAAACAUGCCUGUAUACACUAUUAAAGUUACAACUCUGUUAUCUUAUUGAUGGCUCUCAUUUUGAUCCUCGUACAAUAA